AUGCCCCAUGACGGGAACAAAUGCUUCUUACGUGGCUACGAGAUCCCAUGCCAGCUGAGGGGAAUCCUGUCAGGCAUUGCCGGGGGGCUGGCUGGAUCUUCUGUUUCGUUCCUCCUGCAUCCUCUGGACACGCUGAAGACCAUGAAGCAAGCUGAUUCGACCAACAAGUUUUCGGGUUGGAUUGAUGGGGGGUUGAAGGCAGUGAAGGAGAGAGGACUGUACCACGGCCUGUAUGCGGGAGCCAGGACAGCAGCAGCUGGCUCCUUCAUAUCUUCUUUCCUUUACUUCAGCACCUAUGAGUCGAUGAAAGGGGUCUGGUCCAACAUCCUUCCGGACAAGACGAAGAAUUUCUCUCCAUCUCUGGCGGCGAUGACGGGGAACGCCGUGUCGUCCUUGAUCUUUGUCCCCAAGGAAGUGCUGAAGCAGCGAUGCCAGGUCGGUCAGCUAGCAAGCGGUCAGAAGGCUCUAAGUCUGAUGAAAGAUAUCAUUCAACGAGAAGGAAUCGGAGCCAUGUACAACGGGUACUUCGCCACCCUUCUCCGCAACGCGCCAGGGGCCAUGCUAAAGUUUGGGAUCUACGAACAGAUCAAGGCCAUGAUGAUCAGCAGGUUUCAGCGCCAACUGGAGCCAGCUGAGCUGUUCGGGGCUGGCAUCACCGCAGGGUCGGCGACUUUUUUUGCCGUGGGAAUAUCAACAUACGAGAUUGCUCUGGCAAACAUUCUCAAGAUUAUGCCGUCCACGUCCGCACAAGACCUCUCUUGUUCUCUUCCCCAGUCGGCUGAAGGUCGGCAAGGCAUCGGCUUACCCAGUCCCUCUAGGAUUCCUGGAAUGAUCAAAAGAUUCUAUGACGACUCAGUGGUGAGUGCCCAGGUUAUGCUCACAAAAUAA